UCCCCACAAAGUCCAGACAUCUGCCCCUGCACACAGAAUUGAAACUCAGGCUCCAGUCAGUCUCAGAUGGGAUCAAAUCCUGACCCAUCAGCUCCUGAGAUCUUAGAGGAGGUCAGUUAACCACCCUGAGCCUCCGUUUCCCCUUCAGUAAACCAAACAUUUCAACACAUAACAGUACCUAUUUUAUGGGAGUAGCUGAGGGUUAAAUCAGACAAUAUACAUUAUCACAUACCUGGUGCUCAGUCCUCAGUAAACACUUGAUGGAUGGGUGUUAUAGGACAGCAGUCUCUCUCUGCUGUCCACUGCCACCAUCCUUACGGGCCUGGCAAAUGCCACAGCUCUCAGACUGGCUUCCAGCUUCUUGGCCAACAAAAAUACAUUCUGCGCAGAACAGUCAAGUCUUGGGUUGUUUUUUGUGCUUUUUUUUUUUUUUGACCUUUUAUUAUAAAGUAAAACAAAGAUAUGGGAAAUCACACAAAAUAAAUGUACACAGACACCUAGGUGGCUCAGUCAGUUGAGGUCUGACAUUGGCUCAGGUCAUGAUCUCACGGCCCAUGGGUUUAAGCCCCAUUCAGACUCUCCACUCUAAGCACAGAGCCUGCUUCAGAUCCUGUGUCUCCUUCUCUCUGUCCCUCCUCUGCUCAAUGCUGCCUCUCUCUCUCCCAAAAAGAAAUAAACAUUUUUUUAAAAAUAAAAAAUAGGGGCAUGUAGGUGCUCAGUCAGUGGGCGUCUGACUUCUUCAGUUCAGGUCAUGAUCUCGCAGCUAAUGAGUUCGAGCCCUGUGUUGAGCUCUCUGCUGACAGAGCUGCUUCAGAUUCUGUCUUCCUCUCUCUGCGCACGCCCCCCCAAAUAUAAAUAAACAUUUUUUAAAUGUUUUAAAUAAAAUGAAUAAAUAAAUAAUAAAAAAAUGAAUGCACAGCUUACCAAAUUGUUGCAAGGUACCUACCAAGGUAACCACCACUCCAGUCAAGGGACAGAGCCCGAAAGCCCUCCAUCAGACCUGUCCCCUCCCAGCAAAAGUAGCCACCAUGCCUUUGGAGUAGUCACUCUCGUUUUCUCCCGCCAUGUGCACCUCCAGACACCAGCAUUUAGUCUUCUUGCCCAUUAACUAGGUUUGGUUUCAAGUGUCUCUUCAUCUGCAGGCCCCCCUGUAGCUGUUUCUUCUCUGGACCUGCCUGUGUUGAACAGGCUUAGAGAGCUUUCCACGGGUUAGCUCUGGUCACAUAUGCAUGGUGCUGUUCAGCUCGUUCUUCCAUCCUCUGUUUCCCUCUAAUUGCUGGCUGGAUUCAGAGGCCAGCUCAGACUCGAAUCCACUUAAUCCCUUUGGCAGGAACACAACAUGAGGUUCUAGGAGGCACAUCAUAUCUAUUAUGAUAGCGGUUAUGGAUGCUCAAAGCUUAGAUUCUUUGAUUCUUUGAUUUGUACCCACAAAAGGGUGGUUUUCUAAUUCUAUCAUUUUGUUUUCUUUCAUUCAUUAGUUGGAGAAAUUUUAUGAGCUAUCUCCCAUCAUCUGCUGCUUGGUUACCCACUGAUAGGGCCCACUGAGGACAGGGAGGAUACUAGCUUGAUUCCUUCCUUGUCAACAAGGUGAAUUAGUUUCCUACCAUCCCCAGAAGAGAUACAAUCCAUUGAAAAUUGUAUCUUUAUUGAGGCAUGAAGUGUUACUGUGGAAAAGCCUGGUAAUAAUUGUCUUUCCUGUUUAUGCCACACGCUCUUUACUCCUGGAUGGCCAAAGGACUCUUCCCUUUAAAGUCCAGAAUUUUAGUAGAAUAUAUCUUGAAGCUGAUUGUUUUGGGUGAGUGAUCUCAGAUGCAUUGUGUACCCCUUCAGUGUUUGUUUCACAUCUUUUUGUUUUUUCAGGAAUGUUUUGUUGAAUUAUAAUUUUUUUUAACAUUUAUUUAUUUUUGAGAAGAGAGAGACAAAGCAUGAGCGGGGGAGGAGAGAGAAAGAGGGAGACACAGAAUCCAAAACAGGCUCCAGGCUCUGAGCUGUCAGCACAGAGCCCAACGUGGGGCUCGAACUCACAGACCGCAGGAUCAUGACCUGAGCCGAAGUUGGACACUUAACCGACUGAGCCACCCAGGCGCCCCUGUUGAAUUAUAAUUUUUAAAGUUUGUUCUUUGCCUUCAUUUUCUGUAACAAGUACCUAAAAAUGGAUGCCUUAAACAACAGAAAUUUAUCAUCUCACAGUUGGAGAGGCCAGAAGUCCAAGAUCAGGGCAUUGGCCAGGCUGGUUCCUUCUGAGGGCAGAGAGGAAAGGAUGUGCUUCCGGUCUGUUUGGUUUGCCAGCAGCUGCGAUCUCCUUGUGUCUUCACAUCAUCUUCCCUCUAUGCCUCCUUCCGGAGACUCAGUCACGCUCUCGGAGAGCACAGCCAUCAUUUCCCAUGGCACCACCGGCCUGGUCACAUGGGAUGCUGCACUCUACCUUGCAGAAUGGGCCAUGCAGAACCCAGCAGCCUUUGCUCACAGGACUGUCUUAGAGCUCGGCAGCGGAGCUGGCCUUACGGGCCUGGCCAUUUGCAAGACAUGCCAUCCCAGUGCAUACAUCUUCAGUGACUGUCACAGCUGCGUCCUUGAGCAGCUCCGAGGGAACAUCCUUCUCAACGGCCUCUCAUUAGAGACAGACGUCACUGACCCUGCAAGGCACCCAGAACACAACACCUGCAACUCAGAGAGCCCCAGGGUGACGGUGGCCCAGCUGGACUGGGACGUCGUGACGGCCCCUCAGCUCGCUGCCUUCCAGCCAGAUGUCGUCAUCGCAGCAGAUGUGCUAUAUUGCCCAGAAACUGUCCUCUCCCUGGUCCGAGUCCUGCAGAGGCUCUCUGCUUACCUGAAGAACCAGCAGGCUCCUGACGCCUACAUUGCCUUCACCGUCCGCAACCCAGAGACAUGCCAGCUGUUCACUAGUGAGCUGGGCAUUGCUGGGAUCCCAUGGGAAGCAGUGCCUCAUCACGACCAGAAGCUGUUUCCCUAUGAAGAGCACUCAGAGAUGGCAAUUCUGAAACUAACUCUGUAGGUUUACAAAUGGUUUUAAAGAUUACCAUUAAAAUUAAAUCACCAUCCUGGAAAGAAUUUUUAUGUGGGAAAGCUGGUAAAAUUUCCACUGGACUUGAAUGCUUGAAGAAUGUUAAAUUCAGGGAGCGCCUGGGUGGCUCAGUCAGUUGAGCAUCCGACUUCGGCUCAGGUCAUGAUCUCAGUUUGUGAGUUCGAGCCCCACAUGAGGCUCUGUGCUAACAGCUCAGAGCCUGGAACCUACUUGGAAUUCUGUGUCUCCCU